GGUAUGUGUUUUGUUCGUGUGCUUCCCUCUGGCGUUGUCCUCCUUUGUCCCGCUGGAGAUUAGUUCAAAUACAUUUCUGUGCUGUUCUUUGUCCUGCUGCCUAUCUGCAACUAGCACGAUUGAUUCUUCUUUCAUUCUCACUUAACCUUUGUCGCGCCAAGCAGUGUUUUUUCCAUGUAGAACAAGAACAAGACAAUUCAUUUCUUCUUCAGCCGCGCGCCCGCCCGCCGACUGAUUUUACUUGCUUGUACGUGUGGAUGUACUUGGAUAUCUUUUUAUUCAAUUAUGACCAUAUAUCUUCUCAGCGUCGGCCUCCAGAAUCGCAAAAUCCAAUUCCAAAUUAUACCGGAGUACAGGCUUUUUGCGAUAUUCUUUCAGGGUGUCAAAUUUCCCCUCCCAUUUUAUUAAGACCAAAUUCACCCGGCCCAAAUCAAGUAAGUUUGGUAUAGAAAACUGGGCCGCAGCAAUCAAGAACUAAUAUGUGCUGAAGUUGAUAAUCUCUAAUAUUAGUUUGAAAAUAUAACAGCUGGUUUCCCCUUGAUUGCUAUCUUAAAACCACGUCACGUCAAGAUUUUGAUAAGCACUAGAGCCCCAAUAUUAAACAACUUAGUAACUGUUAGUACCUAGACAUUGGUCCUUCGUAGGAAAAUUGAACAAAACCAAAGAAUGCUAUUCAACUGAAAAUGCCAAAUUUGGUUUCACAGCUAUCGCACUCAAAGUCUUCAUAAUUUUGCCUUUGCGCUUGCUCAGUGAACAUAUAAUUUUCUGGCUUGGAGAUUAUAUCACAUUCUUAUAUUUAUCUCCUAAAUACAAAGCAGAGCACCAACGAGCAAAGGUCCAACAGCGAAACGCAAUGGAUAACUAUGGAGCAAUCUUUUCAUCAACAAUAAUGAGUACGAUCAAUCAAAUUCCAUGAAGUUUGAAAAUUGCUUCUACAACCACAAGGCGUCAUGCAUACUUUUUUCUGUUUUAUUCGACUUACUUUCUUGUCUCAAUUUUUAUGCUCGUGGCUUCUAGAUUGCCAUGUUUACCCAUAUCACUCAAAUGGUACCAAUCGAAGGACGAAUCGUGAAUCGAAUCGGCCAAUUAGCUAUUCGGCUGCUAGGCGACGACACACGCGUAGCAGCCUCUCGUCAGACACGUUUGACUACAGCUCUCCUGGGUGGAGCAGUGACUUAAAUGGUGAUUUGGAUGGCGAAAGUGACCCGGCUAGUGUUUAUCAGGUGGAAAAGGAUAGAAAAGAGUUCAUGAUGGAAACUUCCAGGGUUCUGGAUAACCUGUUGCAAGACUACGACAAUAGAUUGCGACCUUCUUUUGGGGGUCCGCCAGUGUUCGUGAAUGUGACGUUGCAUGUCGACAGUCUUGGUCCAAUUUCGGAGACGGAAAUGUCGUUCCGUGUGGACUUUGCAUUCCGACAGUACUGGCGAGAUGAGAGGCUCACGUUUGAGACCACAAUGAACAAUGACAUCACAUUAUCACACGAGUUCCUCGGGAAGAUAUGGCUGCCAGAUACCUACUUCCCGGAGUCUCUGUCUGCAAACAAGCAUGACGUCAUGGUCCCCAACAUCCUCCUCCGCCUCUCCCCGGACGGCACAGUGCUCUACUCAUCCCGAGUGACUGUGCACGGAAAGUGUCCCAUGAACCUCGAGAACUUCCCUCUAGACACACAGGACUGUUCGCUGAUCAUCGAGGCCUACGGCUACACCACCGAAGACUUGUCUCUCCAGUGGAAGGAGGAGAAAGGGGGAGGGGACGCUGUGGCAGUGAGUGACGCCAUUGAGCUAUCCCAGUUCAGCUAUAGAGGCCACGAGAAGUUCUCCUACACUCUCUCAUUCUCAACUGGCAACUUCUCAGACUUAGAGGUGUCUUUCAAGUUCGAAAGAACCAUUCUUUACUUCGUGCUACAGAGCUACGUACCAGCCACGCUCAUAGUCAUGCUGUCUUGGGUCAGUUUCUGGGUGGAUGCCAGAUCGAUCCCCGCCCGGGCCGCCCUCUCCAUCACCACAGUGCUGACCAUGAUCACCCUGACAGGAACAGUGAACAGUCAGCUGCCGAAAGUGUCCAACAUCAAAGCACUGGACGUCUACUUCGGCAUGUGUUUCUUCUACGUAUUCGCCGCUCUAAUUGAGUUCUCAGCUGUGUGCUAUCUCGAUAAAAAGAGCCAGAAAAUAGCAGAGCGAAAAAAGGAAGAGGCGAACUUGAAGAAAGCUCAAGAAGAACAAGAGAUGAAAACUUUCGCUCUUCUAAAAGAGGUCGACUGUCUGACCUCUCAGCCCCCCAACGAUAACUUAUCAAAUCAACAGCCAGGGUUCGGAUCAGGAAGGGGCGGCAACCCCCUCCAGCCGUUCGAGCAUGUAAACGGGGGGACCAACUCGCACACUUAUGCGCCAAACUCAAAUUAUCAAUCGUCUGCGGGAACGCAAAAACUCACACUACAACACGAAUACAGUUUCAAAACACAAAAAGCGCCAAAGAGACCCUUCAAUGUUCUUAGGGUUGAUAACUAUUCGAGAGUAGUGUUUCCUACGACCUUCAUGAUUUUGAACUUGAUAUACUGGGGUAUUUAUACUAAUUUAGUGAAGAAUAUUUAAUGUUGAAAAACUGUUAGAUAAGUAGAAUUCCGUUGUAUGUGUUAGAUAUGAAAAUUAAAUCUAGAUAUUUGAUUUUUAAUUGCAAAUAGACUGCCAUUAAAUGUAUGUUUGUGGUUAAUGAUAAUUGUAAUUCAUAUUUCUCUUUUCA